AGAAAUAACUUUCCAUUUCUUGCAACGAGAAGUGUAAUUGAUUAAACGCAUUAGAGGAAGUGUAAAAGUGAUAGUUUAUUAAUGUGGACGUUACGAUUAAAUGAUGGAUAUUAACAAAUCGUUUUGCAUCGUAAUUUUGAUUUCGAUUCACCAAUCAUCAGCGAAGGCUUUUCUUGGUAACUUCUUAUUACAAGCUGCAACAUCACUAUCGUCAUCUAUGCAGGAUGACCCACAAUCCCAUGUUAGCGAUUUCCGUUCACAGCCCAAGGCAGACUCUCGAGCUGAUAAAUACAUCGGGAAUCUUACAGACGAUAGUAUGAAUUCUUCUUCCACUGAACAAACGGGAUUAUUGAUGACAAUGCCGUCGGGGACAACGGAGCGAGAACUCACAAGUGAUGAAAAUUCCUUACCUUCACCGUUCGGUCGUGGUACGGCUGAGCUACGUAAUAAGAGCAACAAUGUAGAAUUGUAUUCGGAAAUAAUUGGCAACAUAAUUGGAUCAGCACGUGAGCGAAUCACAAAUGCUUUCCAACGUUUUCUGACCCCUCUUUAUCGUCAGCAACAGGUUAGAGAGCAUCGAUUAAAAAAUGAUUCUGAAGACAACGACAGAAAACCAGAAUCAGUUGAUCGGAACAAUAGUCUGGCAAAAUUAGAAGCGGAUCAUAGAAGUCUUAAAAAAAGCGGAAAUUAUCAGCUGCCCGAAGCAAAUGAAGUAUCGCAAAAAAAGGAUGUUCCGGUUAGCACUAAUAACGGUUCAAUCUCAUUAGAAGCCAAUUACCGACUGAUUGAUGACAAAAAACUGGUGAACGAGAGCGCACCGAAGGACGAUUUCGAUAUUCCAUCUUCUGUAGAGGCAAAUACUAAGAGUACGACGGCUUUCCAGUUAAACAGUAACCCUACUUCAGAUUCAUAUCUUACUUCUAUUGGUAUUGCUAGCACAACUUCUCGACCGAGCAGAGCAUUUGUAGUGAAAAGAAUCGAGAGCAUAUCGCAGCAGUUAAAUGAAAACCGGAUUCAAUUGCGAAAUAGAACAAUAGAAGCCUUCGGAGCUAUAGUGCCUUAUCUCCGGCUGAUCGUUGCUCGGAGCGGUCGGCUCAGAGCAAGUAAUUUUUCUGAAAGUGAUGCAACUUCUGGUACUCACAUAAAAUCUUCCAUGACGCAACCUGGGGAAGAAAUUAAUUUUCCUGAACCGUUGCCCUUAUCCAGACUAUCGCAUAAUUUAUUGUCGCUCAAUUCAAACAGCAGACAUCGGGCAAGACUUGCCCUCCAGAAUGCAUUCAACAAAUAUGCUCGACUGGUAAUUAAUGGGAAGAACGCAUCUACUGACAAUGGGAAUUCAAUCCCAAACAGUAGCACCCGAAAAGAAGGAAAUAACAAUUAUUUUACCAAUGUUGAUCGUGAUGAUGAUAGCAGUGAUGAUGCUGGUGGUGAUGAUGAUACUGAUGAUUAUGUCGGCAUUCGUACAAUCAACAAUGAAAGGGAUGACACUGGCAGCAUGGAUGAAAUGGCCCGCAGCUCCGGGAGCAUCGGAAAUGGCGAGGAAAUCAUCGAUAACAACGUCCCUAGUCGUGCUAGCUAUAUUUCAUCCGCAAAACGAAUGAACAUGGCCGGCGUAGAGACGGUUGGAAUAUUAAUUCUUGAAGUGUUGGGUUCAAUAGCAGGAUUUACCUGGGGUGCAUUCAACCAGUUACAAUUGUUGUUCCAGUAGCAUUAGUAUUCCAUUAUUGUUUCGAUCAAAGUGGAGGUCAGUACUGACUGAGUUGCUGCUAAUUCGCCCAAGACUUUUACGAAUACAUGUA